AAAUAACAACAAGAGAGAAGUCAAAAGAUAGGCAAUAACUGGAACACUCUUUCUGCGCAGGACGCCAUUUUGUGCGUUAGAAUUUGCAAUUUCCCGGCCCGGCAUAGAUAGAUAAUUUGGCGGUUUGUACUGAAUACUACUAAACAUAUUUUCUAUUUUCAUUACUGGAUAGUGCUGGAAUUGCUGAAAUUGAAUAUCGGAACUUGGAAUUACAGAGAAGUGAUAUAGACUAAUCAUCAUCAUCAUCAUCAUCAUCAGCCCCUCUCGAUCCACUGCUGGACAUAGGCCUCCCAUGUUUGUAGACAAGUAGAAGAGACAAGUAGACUAAUAGAAUAGAAUAACAGGUAUAGUGUAGGUACAUGUAAGUAGGUAGGUUAAUACCUUGGCUACCGUGUGAGAUGCCAGCAUUUGACACAAAAUAUCGACUGUAAUAUCGUGUGAGACGCUGGCUUCCAUUGUUAUUAAAUGAUUUAAAAUGCUCUAAAGCGAGAGUUUUUAGUUUCUCAUAUUGGUUUCAAAAUAAGGAUAAAAUGGUACAAAAUUACAUCUUAUUAGUUUAAGUGAUCGCUAACCAAGGUGUUAAACGUUAAUAAAGGUAUGGUAGUUAUAUUGUAUGUAGGUACAGUUGAGUCCAUGGUUCUCAUUAAUACCUGGAGAGAUAAAACACAUACUUGUCACUUAGCACCAUUGUGUUCCACGCAUGACACUAACGACAAACCAGCUACUGCCUGUUAUUAAGUAAACACACAUGUUAUUUUUAUGAACAUUUUAGACUCAGUACAUCGAAAAAAUAGAGGUACAAAAAGACGCUUGGGGACGUUUUCAGAUUUAAGUACAAUUUGCAACAUUUCUGGUUUGUUUAUUGUUUGUUUUUCACAACUAAUUUUAUUUUGGCAUUAAUUUACAUACAAAGUUCACCUCAUUCACACAGAUUGUCAUAACCACUUUCUGCCAAUGUACUCAACUGUAAAAUUAGUUUAUCAUUUUAUAGUGUAAAUACAAAUAAAAAACUAGUAUUGUAACAAAAGUCAGUGUUUUGUAAGUAGGUAGGUUAAAAAUAUCAAUAAAGGUUCUGUUUAGUUACAAUUUAUAGUGGUUAUAUUGUAUGUAGGUAAUAUUAUUUUAUCAUUUUGCAAUGUCAAAUUCUAAAUCCCAACCCGGUAAAUAUGUUCACGGAUGUUUAGCGUCCUAUUGUAAUAACAAGUAUUUUCAUCCUGUCACAGACCCAGAGUAUACAAAUAAAAAGUUUUUUAGAUUUCCAGAUAAAGAUUUAAAAAGACGUCAUGACUGGUUUGAAAUUAUUGGUAUUGAAUUUACUGAAACUAGGUGUUAUUUAUGUGAAGAUCAUUUUGAGGAAACACAAUUUACAAGCAGCUUAAAAACAAAACUUUUAAAUAAUGCAGUGCCCUCCAAAAUAAUUCACAUAUCCAAUGUUCAUGAUCAACUUUUGCCUAUACCUGCACAUUCUUCUGAUGAAAUCUCUGUUUCAAAUGUACACAUUUUUAGUAACAAAGAAAUAGUUCCUCCAAAAUUAUCCUCCAUUAAUAACCCAGUCAAUAAUAAACGGUCAAUUUCCAGUCAGCAUGAUAAUGAGUAUAGUAUUACACCUAAAUGUAAGCGAUCCCGUAUUUUGAAAGAUAUUAAUGAAACCAGAGUAAGAGAUUUGUCUCCUAAAAAGAAAAAGUUAUAUUUUUUAAAUCGUACUCAUAGAAAUUCUAUUUGUAAAUUGAAAAACUGUUUAAAAGUAACUAAACAGAAAUUCAAAUUGGCAUAUGAGUUUUCUAAAGGUGAAAGGUUUAGGGAAUUAGAAGAAAAUAUGGACCCUACAAUUGCAUCAUUUUUUAAAAGUUCUUUUUCAAAUCUUAAAGUUAAAAGGCCUACUUGGACAACACGUGAUAAGGUAUAUGCUUUGGCUUUGUACAAAAGGGGUCCUAGAUGUUACAGAUUUUUGAGACGUAGUAUACCAUUGCCAGCUAAAAGUACCCUUCAGAAACUAUUAAAAAACAUUCCUUUUGCAGCUGGAAUAGAAAUUCAAUUAUUAAAGAAACUUUGUAAAAGAGUAGAAUCCAUGGGACCAUUGGAUAGAUAUUGUUCCUUAGUUUUUGAUGAAAUAUCAUUGUCUCAGAAGUUAAGUUACGAUAAAUUUAGUGAUAAAGUCAUUGGUUAUGUAGAUCUUGGUCCAUUGGGUCGUAAAAAUGAGUAUGCUGAUCAUGCACUAGUUUUUAUGCUCAAUGGUCUGCACAAAAGUUGGAAACAACCAAUAGCUUUUUUUUUACACAACAUUCUGUAAAAUCACAUGAUUUGAAGGUUUUAAUUUCACAAGUGAUUAGUCAGGUAGAAAUAGAAACCGGUUUGAAAAUACUGUGUACUGUGUGUGACCAAGGUGCUACAAACCGUGCUGCUAUUAACUUACUUUGUAGGGAAAAUAACGAACCAGGGCCUCACUUUUUCAUCAAUAAUCAUAAGAUAUUGACAAUUUUCGACCCACCACAUUUAUUAAAGUCAACUCGUAAUGCUCUUUUAAAGUACCAUAUUCAGUUUGAUCAGACAAAAAUGGCCAAAAUUGAUCAUAUAAGACAGUGUUUUAAUAUAGACAAAAGAAAACGUUUUCAAGCAUUAAGACGGAUAAGGGAGGUUUAUUUACAUCUCAAAACUCAUAGUCGCUUAAAAAUGAAAGUGUGUGUAGCCGCACGGACCCUCAGUCAUACAGUUGCUUCCACUUUGGAAGAGAUGGUUAGUAAUCCAAAUAAUAAUAUACCCUCUCAAGCUAUCGAAACUGCUGAAUUUGUGCAUGAUGUAGAUCAGCUUUUCGAUAGCUUUAAUGGCAGAACAACAAAGCCUGAAUGUGGCAAGCCUUAUCGUAGGUGUAUGUCUAAUAGAUCUCCUCAUGCCGUGCUGUGGAAUCGCCUUCUUCCUAAAAUUAAUAGCUGGAUGUUUAUUGAUGAAAAAGUCAAAAAGAAGGUAAUGCCAUUUAAGUCAGGGUGGUUAACAACCAUUGCAGCCACAAAAGAGUUGUGGAAUAUUUGUAAAGAUUUGGGAUUUAAGUUUUUAAGAACCCGUGCUCUAAAUCAAGAUCCUUUGGAAAACUCAUUUGCCUCUAUACGCCAUCUAGGAGCAGAAAAUGUAAAUCCAAGUUGCUACCAGUUUAUUUCAUCAUUUAAAACAUCUGUUCUUAAUAACUUAAUUACUCCUUCUUCUAAUAAAAAUUGUGAAACAGAUGAUGGCUCUAUUCUUGAUAAUUUGCAAGACUUUUUGGAAAGUUCAAUAACCAAAAAUGAUUUUAUUGAUUUAGAUGUUUUAGAUGUGAAUGAAAUAGAAAAUCUAGCUCUACCAUUACCUGAUACAGAUGUUACAGGUCAUGAAGGUAACACAUUAGCAUAUGUUGCUGGGUUUAUAAUAAAAAAUCUUAAAUCGAUUAAAGAAUGUGAGGUGUGUGCAGCUAAUAUCAUAUCUGACUGUUUGGAACCACACCAUACAUUUACAAUGUUUAAAGAAUAUAGUGAUAAUAAAUUAAGUUUAAAUUAUGUUACAAAAAAUUUUCUAGUAGAUUUAGCCAAAAUGUACGAUAUUGUAAUUGCGGUAUUAGUCAUUAAUGGACAUAUAAACCAUUUGGUCAAAAAAAUUAAAAUUCUGAUAAAAAAGUAUGUAACUCUGGAGUGGUUUACUUGUAACCAACAUUUGGAUUAUGUGUUUAAUUAUUGUCUAGAUGUGUCUGUAUCCUUAAUAAUUAAGAAAUAUUAUGAUGAUGUUUAUAGAAGUUCUCAAGAUUUGCAAAAAAAUGAUUUACGAAAAAAGAAAAUUAAUACUAAUAAGAAAAUUAAUAAUCCCUCCCUUAGACGGAAUCUGAGCUGUAGGGCUAAAUCUGAUAACAAUAAUGAUCAGUGAAAUAGUUAAUGGUAAAUUUUAUUAUAUUGUAUUCACAUUUAUAUAGUGAUGAGCAAGCUAAUCAUCGGCAAAAUAAUGCAAAAGAGGGAAAACAUAUUCAGUUUGAGAUAAAAAGAAAUGAAACUAAUGAAGGUGGGAGAUGUAGCGAUAAACACCUAUAAACUUACAUUCCAUUUAUUGUUUUCCACCUUUAGACAUAUCAGAGGAGCAUGUCAACUAAAACUGUCACUGUCAUUGUGGCAAUUGCCAAACUCGUCUGAUACAUCUAAAGGUGGGAAACAAUAAGUAGAAUGUAAAUUUAUAAGUUUUUAUUGCUAAAUCUCACACCUUCUAGUUUCAUUUCUUUUUAUCCCACAACUUGAAUGUGUUUUCCAUCUUUUGUGCACACUCCAGCACACUCAUCACUGUAUAACUAACAUAGUAUAGUAGUCCCCAGUACAAGGACCUAAAAUCUCACUGAUAUAAUAUAUCUAUAAUACAGGGUGUCCCGAAAAGAAUGGUCAUAAAUUAUACCACACAUUCUGGGGUCAAAAAUAGUUCGAUUAAACCUAACUUACCUUAGUACAAAUGUGCUCUUAAAAAAAGUUACAGCCCUUUGAAAUUACAAAAUGAAAAUCGAUUUUUUCCAAUAUAUCGAAAACUAUUAGAGAUUUUUUAUUGAAAAUGGACAUGUAUCAUUCUUAUAGCAGGAAUAUCUUAAAACAAAAUUAUAGUAAAAUUUGUCCACCCCAUUAAAAUUUUAUGGGGGUUUUGUUCCCUUAAACCCCCCUAAACUUUUUUGUACGUUCCAAUUAAUUCAUUAUUGUUAUGCUAUUAGUUAAACACAACGUUUCUAAAACUUUUUUGCCUCCCAGUAUUUUUUUGAUAAGCCAGUUUUUAUCGAGAUACGGCUUCUUUUUUAAUAUAUUUACAUAAAAAUUUUAUGGGGGUUUUGUUCCUUUAAACCCCCCAAAUGUUUGUGUACGUUCCAAUUAAACUAUUAUUGUGGUACCGUUAGUUAAACAAACUGUUUUUAAAACUUUUUUGCCUCUUAGUCCUUUUUUGAUAAGUCACCUUUUAUCGAGAUGUGGCUUCUUUUUCAAAAUAUACCUAAAAAUGUAAAUUAUAAAAAAAUUUUCAGAUUAUUAACAGGUCUCUAUAAUCGUACUUACCAUAUACAAAAUAUGUAGUGGAUUCCACAAAUAUUCAAAAUAUCUCGAUAAACACUGGCUUACCGAAAAAUUACUAAGACGCAAAAAAGUUUUAAAAACAUUGUGUUUAAGUAAUGGUGCCACAAUAAUAAUUAAAUUGGAACGUACACAAAAGUUUGGGGAGGUUUAAGGGAACAAAACCCCCAUAAAAUUUUGAGGGGCUGCACAAAUUUCACUUUAAUUUUUUUUUAAGAUUUUGCUGCCACAAGAAUGCCACAUGUCUAUUUUAAAUAAAAAAUCUUCAAGAGUUUUCGAUAUAUGAAAAAAAAUCGAUUCUCAUUUUGUAACUUCAAAGGGCUAUAACUUUUUUUGUGUGCACUAUUGUAUUUAGGUUAGUGAGGUUCAAUCAACCUAUUUUUGGCCCCAAAAUCUGUGGUAUAAUUUAUGACCAAUCUUUUCGGGACACCCUGUAUAGUAUAUCUAUAAUAUAUCACUGAUAUAUUAUAUUAUAAUAUAAGUUUCAAGCUUUGUAUGCAUUCCUUGCUACAUGUACGACAAACUUUUCCUCUGUGACCAUAAUUGUAUUUAAAUAAACCAAACUUGUAUUGAGAGACAAUAACGUAAAAGUGACAUCUUUGAGAACUAAGCGUUCGAAAACAUAGCAACUCUGAAAGAUUUCACAGAGGAAAAGUUUGUCGGACAUGUCGCAAGGAAUGCAAACACAAAGUUUAAAACUUAUAUGUAUCACUGAAAUUUUAGGUCCUUGUACUGGGGACUAUAUAGUGUAAAGUUAAACAAUUUUUAAUGGCAAACAUUUUGAUUUCUCUUAUAAACAUUUAUUUAAAUUGCAGGUUUGUUCGAUUUGUUUAUCACCUAAAAGUAUUUUACUUAUUUAUUGUAAGUUGAUAUUUUAAAGGUUUGUAUUUUAGCUUUAGUAAAGUUCUCAGUGUAUUAUAUAAUAUUUUCCUUUAGAGAUUUUUAGGCUACUAAUCAAAUAUGUAUCUGCAUUUUGUAAACUAUAAGAUAAAUAAAGAAUAAAGAAGAGCGGGGACAUGCAUGCAUUUUGUGUUGAUCUGUGUUUUACAUCAUUAUUUCAAAACAAUUUUACUGCAUAGAUUUCCCUAUUUUGUUUUAUCAGCACUCCAUACAUGCAUGCGGUAAGUGGGGGGUCCCCGUGAGGAUUAAUAAAAAUAAAAUGUAUGAAGUUGUUUUGUCAGUGUUUAUAUAUUUUAUCCUAUUUUUCUAAAAAGUUCUGAGGGAACUACAACAGUUAGUUGAUAUUUUAAAGGCUUUUAUUUUAGCUUUAGUAAAGUUCUGUUUGUAUUGUAUAAUUUUUUUUCUUAAGAUUUUUUUAGGCUACUAGUCAAAUUUGUAAUAUGUAUCUGCAUUUUGUAAAAGAUAAGAUAAUUAAAGAAUAAAGAGCGGGGACAUGCAUGCAUUUUGUGUUGAUCUGUGUUUUACAUCAUUAUUUCAAAACAAUUUUACUGCAUAGAUUUUCUUAUUUUGUUUUAUCAGCACUCCAUACAUGCAUGCGGUAAGUGGGGGGUCCCCGUGAGGAUUAAUAAAAAUAAAAUAUAUGUAGUUUUUUUCCCAGUGUUUAUAUUAUUUUCUAUUUUUCUGAAAGUUCUGAAAAAAAAUAUUUUUCUUUAGAUAUUUUUAGGCUACUAAUCAAACUAGUAAUAUCUGCAUUUUGUAAAAUAUAAGAUGAAUAAAGAGGUCGCUGUGAAGAUUAAUAAAAAUAAAA